GCUGCCAAUUGGUUCAGGGUGAAAGCGCGGAACCAAUAAGAGUCACGAUUCUCAAGAGCUUGGAGCGCGCGGGAAAGAGACCCUUUUAAACUGUGGCGGGAACGUCAUUUUCGGGUUCUUGUUCAGUUAAGACAUCCGCAGCUGGGGCGUUGGUGCGAACUGUCUCUUGCUGAGUGAACAUGGUGCGGACCAAAGCAAACUACGUCCCGGGAGCCUACAGAAAAGUGGUGGCUUCUCGAGCCCCCAGGAAGGUGCUUGGCUCCUCCACCUUUGUCACCAAUUCUUCAUCGUGCUCGUCGAGAAAAGCUGAAAAUAAGUAUGCAGGAGGGAAUCCAGUUUGUGUGCGCCCAACUCCAAAGUGGCAAAAAGGCAUUGGAGAAUUCUUCAGGCUGUCUCCUAAAGAUCCUGAAAAAGAGAACCAGGUUCCUGAGGAAGCAGGAUGCAGUGGCUUAGGAACAUCGAAAAGAAAAGCCUCAGACCAGAUCACACCUAAUAUUGGACCAAGUGGCACCUGCAAAUCCAGUGUUACAAGGAAAACAACCAGGUCUUCACAUCUACUCAUCCCACUGGUUUUAGUAAAACAGAAAAUCCCAAGAAGCUCAGACUGGACUGCCUUGAAGAUCAUCUCAAGGGUUAAUUAGAUGGUGAAUACUAAUCUUAAAUCUGGAGUUUCACAUAUAACAACAGAGAAAGACAAUGCUGAAUACUGGUUAAUGAUUUCAUUGCAUGUGGUUUAUGAAAUAUGGAUCAUUAAAAAUCCACCUUGAAAAUAAUUUCACUUUGCUCUAGAGAAAAAGUGUGCAGUGUGGAAUGGAGAUUCAGUAUUCUUUAUGGUUCACUAAACCACAGAGCUUGUAAAGUAAUUAGGAAAUAAGAAAAUAUUUCAGAUUUUACAUGUAUUUUGGAAGGAAGUAUAAGAAAACUACUGUAAAUUCUCUUCUCUCCAUUGCCAUUCUCUCUGUGCUACAAAUUGAACUCUGGAACUUGUAAGCAUUAGGCAAGCUCUACCUCUGUACUAUUAGUCAUUUAACUCUGUGUGUGUGUGUAUUUUUUUUUGUUUUUGUUUUGAGGCAAGGUUUCUUUUUAUAGCCCUGGCUAACUGGGAACUUGCUCUGUAGACCAAGCCGGCCUGGAACUCAGAUAUCCUUCUGUCUGUAGUGCUGGGAUUAAAAGUCUGUGCCACCACUACCCAGCUCUCUUUCUUGCUUUUUUUUUUUUUUUUUUUGAGAUGGUUUCACUCUGCAGCCCAGGCUAACCUUGAACAAGUGGCAACCCUUCUACCUUAACCUCGCUGCUCUCUGGUUAUGGGUUAGAAGUGUGAACCACCAUAUUUGGUUGCAUUUAGCUUUUUGUAUAGUAACUGACAAGGAUGGAUUUGAAUAUACUUCCUGAGUAAUCCCCUCUACCUAGUAACCCACUCUUGCUUUGAAAUCACUCUGUAGCUAGAGCCUUGUACUCUAUCCUCCUGUCUUGGCCUCUAUAAUGAUGAGAUUGUAGCUAUGCACUGGGCCUGGACAUGUACCUCAGUGACAGAAGGCUUGUCAGCACAAGGCCCUUGGUUCAACCUCUUAACACUCCAUAAACAUAAUGUAUUGAUAGGCAUUUUAUACCAUGUUCAGCUAGUAAUUAAAAAAAAACCCAGAUAUUUUUAUUUAUGCAUAUAUGUAUGUGCCUGUGUGAGUUUAUGUUUACCACAUAUGUGCAGGUACUUAUGAAGGCUGGAGGGCACAGAUCCCCUGGAACUGGAACUACAGGUGUUUGUGAUGCACCUGAUAGAGGUGCUAAGAAAGGAACUAUGUCCUCUUUAAGGAUGCAGUAAGUGUUCUUGGCUUCUACACCAUCUCUCCACAACUCAUCACUCUUACAUAUAUACUCAAAAGCUACACAGGUCAGUCUGGGUUAGCUGAGACCCUGUCUCUAAACAAAUGAAAACCAGACAAAAAAUGACUUUCAUCACAUGGAGAGAAAUUAUAUAGUUUCAUAGGCAAGUUUAAUCUAUAGUAUAAUAUAAAUCAGCAAUAGUCAGGCACAUGCUUUCAUUACAUUGAGACAGAUCAUGAGUUCAAGCUAUCCCAGAGUACAUAGUGAGACUGUCUCAAAAACCCAAAACAAGUGAUAAUGAUAUAAUUCUGUGGUAGAGUCCUUGUCUAGCAUAUAUCCCUGGGUUUACUUCAGAGCAAAACAACUAAACAAGAAAACUCAAAGCUGGGCGAUGGUGGUGCACGCCUUUAAUCCCAGCACUCAGGAGGCAGAGGCAGGCAGAUCUCUGUGAGUUCGAGGCCAGCCUGGUCUACAGAGCUAGUUCCAGGACAGGCUCCAAAGCCACAGAGAAACCCUGUCUCGAAAAACCAAAAAAAAAGAAAAAGAAAAAAAGAAAACUCAAAACAACAAAAGCUAGAUUCUACAGGUUGACACUAUUUUUAAGCCACGUUUGUAGAUCUGCCAUUGUUUUAGAGAACUGUGAUUAUUCCUUUAUUGAAACAGUAAAUUAAUAUAUCAGAAGGAAUGUGAACUUCUGAAUUCACAUUCUGCUAUGGUUAUUCCUUAUAACCUUGUUUUUGCCCCAAAGCUGGGCAAGCUCCUUUUGCACAUAGAACUAUUUGCACGAAUGUUUUUCCCUUUUUAGUCAUUUUCUAAAAGUUACAUUUAGUAUGAUGUGUGUGUGCGUGCGGGUGUGUGCACAUGCAUGCAGGCAUGUGCCAUGGCACAUGUAUGGCAUCCAGAGGACACUCUGCAGGAGUUGAUUUGCUUCUGCCAUUGAACUCAGGCCAUCAGCUUGGUGGCAAGCACCUUUACCUGCUGAGCCAUCUCCUUGGCCUUCUUUUCUAGGCUUUGACUUCAAUUUAGUCACAAUGGCUUUGCAUUUUCUUUUUCUUUCAUUUCUCUAAAAUAUAUAUUUCAAAUUUAUUGUGUAUAUAGUGUUCUGGGCACCAGAUCUCAUUAUAAUGGGUUUGAGCCAUCAUGUGGUUGCUCGGACUUGAACUCAGGACCUUCAGAACAGCAGUCAGUUCUCUUAACCUCCGAGCUAUCUCUCCAGCCCUAAAAUAUAUAUAUAUUUUAGUUAUGCAUCCAAGGCAGUGGGUUUUAUUUGACACUUUAAAACUUAAUAAGCUGGGCAGUGGUGAUGCACACUUUUGAUCCCAGCACUAAGGAAACAGAGGCAGGCAGAUCUCUCUGAGUUCGAGGCCAGCCUGGUCUACAGACAGAUCCAGAAAAGCCAGGGCUACACAACACAGUAAAACCCUGUCUCAAAAAACAAACAAGGCUGGAUGGCUCACCAGUUAAGAGCACCGACUGCUCUUCCAGAGGUCCUGAGUUCAAUUCCCAGCACCCACAUGGCAGCUCAGAACUGUCUAACUCCAGUUCCAGGGCAUCUGACCCUCACACCAAUGAACAUAAAAUAAUAAUAAAUUAAAAAAAAACUGCCUACAGUUAAAAAACAAACAAAAAUAAUAAAAAUCAAUCCCUCCCCCACUUAAAAUGUGUGUGAGUGUGUGUGUGUGUGUAUGUGUGUAUGUGAUGUGCUUGUGCCUCUUCGAAGGCCAGAGAAAAGUUUCAGGAGUCGGUUCUUUCCUUCCACCAUUGGGUUGUCAGGUGCCAAGUGCCUUUACCCACUGCACUAUCCAAUGGCCCCCAUUGUCAUUUUCACGCUCUAUUAUGCUUCGUUCUUAUUUGUUUCCCUGUACUGACUUAACCUUUUUGCACAUCUCCUUUCUCUUCCUUGCUUCUGAAUUUCAUCACAUCUAUCUAGUUCCUUUCUCCGCUCUUACACUGUGCCCUCAUCUCAUAGUCCCUUUUCUAUCUUGAUGUUCUUCAUACACAUACAUAUGUAUGUACAAAUAUAUUUAAAUUUAAAUUCUGUGUAUGAAAGAGAAUAUUCAGUAUUUGUCUUUCAAAGUAUUGGUUAUUGGAUGUAACAUGAUCUCUAGUUUAAUCCAUUUUCUUGGAAAUACCAAUUUUUUCAAAGAUUUUAUUAAAAAUUUAAAAUUUUUUUAUGCAUGUAUGUACAUGUGUAUGCGUACCCACAGAGACCGGAAGAGGUCAUUAGGAUACUCUGUCCUAUGUGGUGCUGGAUAUGAACUCCUGUCCUCUGCAAGAGCAGUAAGUGCUCUUAACCACAGAGCCAUUUCUCUGGCCUCUAAAUGUAAUUUCAUUCUUCUUUAUAGCUAAAUAAAAUUCCAUUGUGUAUAUGUGCCAAGUUUUCUUUAUUCAUUUAUCUAUGAUGCAGCUGUAGGCUAGUUCUUACCUUGACUUGUGAUCAGUACAGCAAGCAUAGCCUUGAAUUCAGAGAUCCACCUGCCUUUGUCUUUCAGGUGCUAGGAUUAGAAGCAUGUUCCUCCAUUUGAGCCUGGCUUCGAAUGUCUUUCUCAAUCACCUGGAGCAUGCUGAUUUUACCUGACUAGACUAGCUGACCAAUGAGUCUCAAAUCCUCCUGUCUCUGCCUCCCCAGCACUGAGAUUGCAGGCAUAUGGCAUUGUGCCCAGCUCUUUAACGUAGAUGCUAAGGGGAUGGAACUCAGGUCUUUAUGUUUGCUUUGCAAGCAUUUUAACUAUCAAGAAGUCUCUUUAGCCUCGUUUACAUAAAUCUUUUGCUUUUGUUUUUGUUUUUUCGAGACAGAGUUUCUCUGUAGCUUUGGAGCCUGUCCUGGAACUAGCUCUUGUAGACCAGGCUGGCCUCCAACUCACAAAGAUCCUCUUGCUUCUGCCUCCCGAGUGCUGGAAUUAAAGGCAUGCACCACCACCGCCCAGAAUAAAUCUUGAACAUAACUAUUAUGCCUAAUGAAAUUCAGACCCCUGCAAAAUGGAUGUUUGGGUCAUGAUUUGUUAACUUAUCUUGAUUUCCAGUAAAACACAGUGAAGACCUUCUCAUAAUCUAUUAGUACAUGAAGCAGGGGUAAUCUCAUACCAAGGCUGAAUACUUUGUUAUAGCUUCCUUCUUUUAGUAUCGGGUCUAUGGCCAUUCGGGCUCACUGGAUCUCAUUUGGAAACAAAGGAUUUUAGAGUAGAUACUACUAAAGUUUCUCAACUCUAAAAUAAAAUUGUGAUAAAGUUUUUAAUGACUAUAAAAAGAAUGAUAAGUACAGAAUGGCUUUGUAUUGAUAUUAAUAUACCUUUAUUCAAAUGUUGUGAUUAUCAUAGCUUACCAAAUGAUUUGGGGGUUAUUUUUAAAGAAUAUGUCCAUGUAGUCCAAAGAAUAUGGCAAUUUGCUUGCUAUUUUUUCUCUACUUAAAUGGAUUUUUUUUUUACUUUGUAUAUCAUGAAACUUAUUAACAGGUUAUAUUCUAUUUAUCAAUCCACUUAACACUAAAAUCAAUGCUGUGGAAAUGAGAUAUUUUUAAUGGGUCAGUUUUAUACAUGCAUGUGAUAAUAUUUUUUCAAGAUUUAUUUUUAUAUGCAUUGAUGUUUUGCCUGCAUGUGUGUCUGUGUGAGGGUGUCAGAUCUUUAAAACAAGUUAUAGACAGCUGUGAGCUUUCAUGUGGGUGAUGGGAAUUGAACCCAGGUCCUCUGGAAGAGCAGCCAUUGCUUUUUACCACUGAGCCAUCUCUCCAGCCCUUAAUCAUAUUUCUAUUUUAAAGAUUUAAAUUAUGUGUAUGGGUAUGUGCAUGUUGAGUUCAGGUACAUGGGUAGGCCAGAAGACAGCACUGGCUCACUUGGAACUGAAGUUAUAGGCAGUUGUGAACUGUCCAAUAUGGGUUCACAGCACUAGACUUGGGUACUUUAUAAGAGCAGCAAGUGCCCUUAACUACUGAGCAAUCUCUCCAGCCUCCAUUUAUUUAUUUGUAGAAUCUUUCUAUGUAGCCCAAGCUAUCCCAGCCUCCCAGUGUAGGAGUUACACAUCAGAAUAUGCAUUUUUAUUUUUUAUUACUUUGUAAUAUUUAUUUGUGUGUGUGUGUGUUUAAGGCCCAAAGAAGAGCUGGAGUUACAGGAAGUUGUGAGCUGCCUGAUAUAUGUGCUGGGAACUAAACUGCUCUCCUGUUCAAAAUUGGAUGAGCUGGAUGGUGGUGGUGGCGAACGCCUUUAAUCCCAGCAUUUAGGAGGCAGAGGCAGGCAGAUCUCAAUUGAGGCCAGCCUGGUGUACAGUGCAAGUUCCAAGAUAACCGGGACUGUUACACAGAGAAACCCUGUCUUGAAAAACAACAACAAAAAGAACGGAUGAGCCAUCUCUCCGGUGUUUCUUAUUUUGUUGAGACAGAGUCUUAUCACAUAGUUCUGGCUGACCUGAUACUUGGUAUGCAAACCAGAAUAGCCUCAAACUAUUUUUUUCUUUAUUGGCAAUCCCACUGCCUCAGCUUCCUGAGGUGCUAGGAGUACAGGUAUACACUGCCUACCUGGCUCUUUUUAAGUAAAACUCAUAACAUGUCCUAAAUGAAAAAUGCUAAUUCCAUGAAGCAAUAAGGAAUAGUGUUAGAAGGUUUCGUUGUGCUAGUUCUUAGAACUGUUUACACUUGCUAAUUAUUAGAGUUUAAUUUUCUCUCAUUUCUAGUUACUUGAGCCAGACCUUUAUUAUUAAUGUUCUGAUUUUAUAGAGUUGAUACUUGAGUGAUUUA